AGAAAAUAGCGGAAGUUGUCGGUCCUUCGUUACGAGUGACCCAGUUAGCUGUCAAGAUUAACUGAGCAAAAUCCUAAUGGCAAACAAUUCAUUGGGUUCCUCUAUCUGUAAAGAUUUGUUUUUAUAAUGUCUCGUUUGUGAAGUCGUGAGUCAGGAGCAGAACGAAUGUGAAAAGAAUUUGCGAAGCAAAAUGGAAAAGUCAAUGUUGUUGUUUUGAUUAGCUAUGCUAACAUUAAAAUGAAGUGUCAAACGUUAGCUUCGCUCUCGAUUAACUAGAAAGAUUUGUCUUGUCCUCACGCGUUGUGUUUUGUUCUCGGGCCGAUUAGUAAGCAAGGAAAUUAAAGGAUACUUCUAUUCGUCAGAUCACUUUGAUGUUCAGUGUGCCAGAAAGGAACCAAUCAAUCCCAUGUCUGCUGAGGCGUCAGUCAGCAGUCAUGCUGCAAACUCCACCCAGUCUGCUGUUUCCCAACCUGUUUUCCAGAGCACUGUCGAAGACAGACAUCAGGGUCUGUUGGGAAGCAAAUAUGUCAAGUUAAAUGUGGGCGGGACACUUCACUAUACAACCGUCCAGACAUUGACCAAGGAGGAAAGCCUGCUGCACAGCAUUUGCAAUGGAGGAACCGAAGUGACCAUUGACUCAGACGGCUGGGUAAUUUUAGAUCGCAGUGGUCGACAUUUUGGGAUCAUUUUGAACUUCCUGCGGGAUGGCUCGGUACCGCUCCCUGACGACCACAGAGAACUUGAUGAGAUCCUGAAAGAGGCUCAAUACUACAGGGUCCAGGGACUUAUCCAACACUGCCUCACUGCCAUGCAGAAGCAAACGGACAUAUUUGAAAGUGUGUGUCGCAUCCCAAUGAUCACGUCGGCCAAAGAAGAGCAGAAGAUGAUUGCUACCUGUAGAAAGCCCGUGGUUAAGUUGCAGAACAACAGAGGAAAUAACAAGUACUCAUAUACCAGCAAUUCAGAUGACAACCUGUUGAAGAACAUCGAACUUUUUGAUAAACUGGUACUCCGCUUUAAUGGCCGAGUCCUGUUUGUCAAAGAUGUCCUGGGGGACGAGAUUUGCUGCUGGUCUUUUUACGGCGAAGGUCGUAAGAUUGCGGAAGUAUGCUGCACGUCCAUCGUCUAUGCCACGGAGAAGAAGCAGACCAAAGUUGAGUUUCCCGAAGCUCGCAUUUUUGAAGAAACCCUCAACAUCCUCAUUUAUGAGACCGGCCGACGAUCCGGUCCAGGUGGGUUGCACCUAUUGGACUCUCGAGGGCCCGGUUCCUCGCUGGGCCAAUCGGAGGAAGAGGGCGCUGUGGGAGGGGACAGGCGAGUGAGAAGGAUCCACGUCAGGAGGCACAUAAUGCAUGACGAAAGAGGCCACGGCCAGCAAACUGUGUACAAGGAUUAAAAAUGUGAAGACAAAACGGCACGUCGCAACAACCCGUUCCACGGGAUGAUGGAAGUAUCUUUCAUUGUUUGUAGUCAAAAUAUUAAGUUAAGGUGUAACUGGAGAGAGGAGAAGUUGUUUACAAGAUAAAUGAUUGUGUAUCGCUAUAAAAUAGGAAAAACAUAGACUGGGAUGCAAAACUGGCAGAAAUAUGACUUCAAUAUUCUUCACCUUCUUGGGUGUUGAUGAUAUGCACUGGCAGCCUCUGCUGUGAUGGGAACACUUUCAGGCUUGAUCUGCUUGUAUUUUGUCAGGUUGCCCAACUUUGGAUAAUUAGAUGAGGUGAUUUUUGUUUGUUUCUCAAGUUCAGCUUAGAUAUGUUAACACUGGAAUAGUCUGUGUAGCCAUUUUUUUUGUGAAGUUGUCUAAGGAUGAGAUUGCUGGGCAGCUCUAAUUUUCCGUAUUUAAAUUAUUUCCGCUGCCGCUUUGGGAUGUCGUUUUAAUUAAUUUAUGAACCUAAUUUAUUGUCAUGUAUUUAACUUUUGUAUGCAAUCCCAGCGUUAAAACAGCGGUGGCUAUACAUUUGCACUCUAGCACACGUUAGAUUUGUAAUGACUAAAUUGUGAUGUUGUUAUUUAAGUUGGUUUGAAAGUGAUUGCAUUGUAUUUUAUUCUGAGCCAUGAUUUUUCCACUUUUCUUCAUGUCUUAUACCAAACCACUGAUACUUGAUCCAAGUUAUUGGUCUAGCAGUCGUUUAAUACGUCCAAGGUUUUUAUGUUUUUUUUAAUACACCCCCCACCCCCGUUUCAGUUCAUUGAAAGAUGUUUUGUGUGCAUGUAAUUCUUAAACACUGAACAGUGUCUGUCUCCUCCUUCUAAAAUUAACCAAUAACAUGAAUGCACUACUUCACCAUCCAACUUCCGUCCCACUGUGGUGACAAAUGUUCUGAAUAAAUUGAAUAAAUAAGAAAUCCAAUUUG